AUGACACAACGUGAAGGCACGAGAGGCAUCAACCGGCCAUCCCCUGUCGCGUGCAACGAUGCCUGCAGCAAACUAGCCUCCAUUCUACCGAUUCUCGAAGCCUUUAACCACCGACAUCGCAACCAGCACUCUGCCAGCCAUUGGUGGAAAGCAUUCAACAUACUCCGGCGACAACUGCGUAAACUCUGCGAAACAUUACACCUUGCCAUCGGAUACCAGGGCCGCAAGCAGGAGAGGCACCUGGCUAUGGUUUCUGCACAAUCACAGCAUAUCGCACAUGUUGUCAUACCACAAUCAUACCCCGCCAUCACACAGCUUGCUGCAGAUAACCAGCAUGCGGCCCUAGGCAUAGCCCUAAUGGCGGCAAUUGCAGGUGUGCACUCGGCUCUUGUCGGGCUUCUCCCAGAGGAAGAAACUGCCGGCGCCGAUACUACAAAACAGAAAAUAAAUACAGAAAUGAGGCCCGCAGAAUCAAGCAAUGACGGCGACAAAGGUGUUACCAUCUCUCGCAGCCAAUUUACAACUGCCCAUGAAGUCGCGCCUGAUCGUAAACGCAAGGCGACGUCGACUUUGGUAGCUGCGGAAGACAAGACAGCCUCAACACAAGCUAUCGGGUCAAAGGAAAAGGAUAAAUCCAGCAGAAAGAAGAAGAAACCCAAGAAAGGAGGAGACGCAUUCUCCAGCCUAUUUGGAUCGUUAUGA